CUAAAAUUUAGCAUAGGAAAAUCCAUCAACAUACCUCAAAGAAGAAAUUCCCACAAACAGCAAAAAGGGGAAAAAAGAUUUCAUUUUUAUCAAUCUUAAUCUUAUUGCUGUUAGUGCUUCUCCCACAAUCUCAAUCAAAUCGAGAAUUUUUUAAAAAUCUUUUUCUGGGUUUGUUAAAAACUCGCAGUUUAUUGGAUUGAAUUCUUGAUUUGAGGAUUACACAAUGGGGUUUAAGACAAACGAAGCAAGUUCUUCAUCCCAUAUUUUGAAAAUCCCAAGAGAGGAUACACCACUUAUGGGCAAGACUCAAAAACUGUCUUCUCCUUCAAAGACUUUUGCUAAUAUUUUCAUGUCUUUAGUUGGAGCUGGAGUUCUUGGACUUCCGUACACUUUCAAAAGAACUGGAUGGGUAAUGGGUUUUCUCUUGAUUAUUUCAGUAGCUGUUCUUACCUAUUACUGUAUGAUGCUUCUUGUUUAUUCAAGGCGUAAGCUUGAAUCCCAAUGUGAAGCUCCCAAAAUCUCAUCUUUUGGUGACUUGGGUUUUGCUGUGUGUGGACCAAUAGGUCGUUUUGCUGUUGAUUCUAUGAUUGUUCUCUCACAAGCAUGUUUUUCAGUAGGGUACAUGAUUUUUAUUGCUAAUACUUUAGCUUACUUGUUUAAUUAUUCUAUCACACAACCAGAGUCCAAGAUAUUUGGAUUUUCACCCAAAUCAGUGUAUAUUUGGAGCUGUUUGCCUUUUCAGUUGGGGUUGAAUUCAAUUCCUACAUUGACCCUUUUAGCCCCUUUGAGUAUUUUUGCUGAAAUUGUUGAUUUAGGAGCUUUAGGUGUAGUGAUGGUUGAGGAUGUGAUGAUUUGCAUCAAGAACAGGCCUAAUUUGGAGAUGUUUGGUGGGUUCAGUGUGUUGUUCUAUGGUGUUGGUGUGGCUGUGUAUGCUUUUGAAGGAAUGUCAAUGAUUUUGCCUUUGGAAUCAGAGAUAAGAGACAAGGAAAAAUUUGGGAAAAUCUUGGGUUUGUCAGUGGCCUUUGUAGCAUUGGUAUAUGGUACUUUUGGAGCAUUGGGUUACUUUGCAUUUGGGGAAGAGACCAAAGAUAUAAUCACUACUAAUUUUGGGCAGGGAUUGCUAAGCAGCCUGGUGCAACUUGGCCUGUGCAUAGACCUGUUCUUUGCUUUCCCACUGAUGAUGAAUCCAGUUUAUGAAGUGAUGGAAAGGAGAUUCUGUGAAGGUAGCUACUGCUUGUGGCUGAGAUGGCUUGUGGUUUUAGCAGUGUCUUUUGUGGCGUUGAUGGUACCCAAUUUUGCUGAUUUCAUGUCACUUGUUGGGAGCAGUGUGUGUGUUGUUCUGGGGUUUGUGUUACCUUCUUUGUUUCAUCUGAUUGCAUUCAAGAAUGAAUUGGGCUGGUGUAGUUUGUUUCUUGAUGCUGCAUUUAUUGUCAUGGGCACAGUUUUUGCAGUCUAUGGAACCUCUUCUACACUGAUAAAGAUCUUUGCAAAAAUGGCUUAGCUUUUUCUUUUCUGUGAAUAGAAUUUCAUAAAAUGCAUAUUAUGCACUCUGGUUAAUAUAUUGACUGAAAUUGCUCUUGAAUCAAUUCUUAAUGGCAAAAAAGUUUCACUUU